UCUUUGUUCUUCAGGUGUGUUUGGUGUUGAUGUGAAGUCAGUGUCAGUGAUGGAGAGAGAUUCAGUCACCCUGCACAUUAAUGUUACUGAAAUACAGACAGAUGAUGAGAUCGAGUGGACAUUCGGAACUGACAGGAAUCUUAUAGCUAAAACCAAUGGAAAGAUCAGUAGGAUCCUUGAUGGUCCUGAUGGGAGAUUCAGAGACAGACUGAAGCUGGAUCAUCAGACUGGAUCUCUGACCAUCACAAACACCAGAACCACAGACUCUGGAAUUUAUGAAGCUGAGAUCAGUCUAAGCAGCUCAGUGGAUAAACACAGAUUCAGUGUUACUGUCUAUGCUCGUCUGCCUGUUCCUGUCAUUAGCAGUAACUCUUCACAAUGUUCAUCAUCAUCAUCAUAUUGUUCAUUGGUGUGUUCAGUGGUGAAUGUGAGUCAUGUGACUCUCUCCUGGUACAAAGGAAACAGUUUAUUGUUCAGCAUCAGUGUGUCUGAUCUCAGCAUCAGUCUCUCUCUACCUCUGGAGAUUGAGCGUGUGGAUGAUUCCUACAGCUGUGUUGUGGCUUAUUCAUUCACCAACCGGACCACACAUCUCAACACUGAACUCUGUCACACAUGUUCAGGCUGCAACAAGAAUCAACAUCUCAACAUCACUCAACUCUGUCGCACAUGUUCAGACUGUGUCCACUAUUAUGAUUCUGUUGAAGCUGUGGUCCGAUUGGUCGUCACUGCUCUAAUGGGCGUGGCUGCUGCGGCUGCUGUCAUUGUUUUGAUUUAUGACAUCAAAUCCAGAAGAGAUGACUUUCUACAUUCCUCUUCCUCAAAGCGUGAUAUUAAAAGUUCUAUCAGUGGUGAAUGGAAUCAGUUUGAAAUGAGAACAAGAGACUGA